AAACUAUUUUGGUACCAAUGAUAGACAUUAGCUCUUUUUUAGAACUAAAGACCAUCUAAAUCAAUAAGAUCUUAAAGAAAAGUAAUUUUACUUUUUGUGAUAAAUCAUAUUAAAAAUAUGAUGUACAUAAGAUAGAAACAAUCAAAGCAAUGCCUGUAGCAUUCACCUAAUCAUGUAAGACAUCUGUGAUUCAGUAGCAAGAACAAAAACUUCAGAAUUAAAGGCCUUUGGCCCAUCCUUUGUCUGCAGGUAGCAGAUUUCACAACCUGGGAAAGUCCACAAACUCAUCUUCCUUGUUGAUGAACAGACAGGAUUAUAUUAGCACCUCUUAAAACGUUAAUAUGCCACUAAUUACCUGCAAAUCUUAUAAAAAUGCAGAUUCUGAUUGAGCAGGUCCGAGGUGGGGCCUGGGAGUCUGCGUUUCCAACAAGCUCCCGGAUGAUGCCCGUGCUGCUGCUUGUUGAACCUAAGUCUUGCUGGCUCCCAAGCUUUGCUUUUUCUAUUACACCACACUCCCUCUCUGAGGGAGCAGAAGACUGGAUCAAGAGGGAAGUUCAAAGAUGUGUGUGACGUAUUGUGGACUUCAUGAAAUUUCAAUAAGAGCAGUAAGAGAUGACACAAAGCAGCUCAGCAUGAAGUGCCCAGUGACUAUUCCAGAAGAAAGUCUCAUUGGAAUACCGAGGAGGGAGGAGGCCGUGUGUGUAAGAAUGGUCUGGAAAGGCUUCGCAGAGAAGGGGACUGUUGAGUUAGGUCUAGAAAAAUGAGUAGGAAUUGAAGGAGCAGAGAAGAGAACUUCAUAGGCAGUGGGGACAGGGGUGGAAUCUCUUUCCUUCCAAGCAGGAAAACUUUCAAGGCUUUUUGAGGCAAUAACAGGAGAGUCCACCAGGAAAGGCCUUUAAUGCCAGGCUGAAGAAUUUGGAUGAAAUCUUGAUAUGUGAAAACUGGAGCUGAAGAGUCAGGAGGCAGGAAUGUAGAAGGUUACUUUCCUCAUCUGUAAGAUGAGGAAAAAAUAGUAACUAUCUCAUAGAAUUGUUGUGAGAAUGAGAUAAGAUACGUAAGUAAAGCACUUAGAAUGUACUGACACAUAGUGUUAGAAAAUGUGAGUUAUCGUUACUUCAGUACUCUAGGUGUGAAGGUGAAUGAGCCCAAAUCCUGCAUUUAUUUCCACUUAACAAAUAUUAGAGUCUUCUCUUCACUUAUAGAGCCUCUUAGUUCUGUGUUGAGCAUAUGGAUGUCCUUACUAUUGGGUAGUGGUGCUGGUGUCAUCAUUCCACUCUUCCUCGUGGUAGGUGUGUGUAUGUGUCAUCUUUUCUCCAACCUUAGUAAUGAUCAAGGCAGCACCAUGACUUUCCUUUGGCUUAAUGCUGCUUUGUUACUUGUAUCUAUCUUUCCUCCUUUGAUUCUACCCCAGUUAUUACAGGAGAAGUCUUUCUGACCGUGCUCUCUGCUUGUAGGCACAAUAUGAAAUAAGGGCUGUAUUCUGAGAACAACUUAAAAAUCAAUUGGUGAGUCCAGGUUUUCUAAGAAAAAUAAACUCAAGGUGGAAAUACCCUACAGAAGAACUUGACUGGGAGUGACAUUUGAUAUGUAUCAGCCACUUUGAGUUUCCAUAGGUUAGGCCUGCUCCAUAAACCAAGACUUAACAUACUCAAGUGAAAGGCAUAUUACUCGUAUGUAAUUAGAAUAGAGUCCUCUCUGGAAGAGGAAAGAGAGAAUAUCACUAUAUAUCUAAUAUCACUAUAUAGCUUAAAAUGAGCAUUUAUUCCACUCAAGGAAUCAAAGAACAAAGUUUGGCUGUACCCUGGGUCGUAAAAUACUCUCCAAAGAAAAGUCUAGACAUUUAGCUGUUUGGUACAUGUAAUGUUGGCGAUUCCAUAGAAUCAUAAACUCUUAGUUUGGAAAGGACCUUCCUCACUAAGCUAUGACAUUUCCACUACUGUUGACCAAGCUGAAAUGGAAGGCCUCUGGGGUAGAGGACCUCCUGCUGUUGAAGGCAACCUUUUCUAUCUUUGUGCUUGGAACUUGUUUCAGAGUUCUCGCUCGUAUUUUGGGUCAGAACCUCUAAGAUGAGGAUGGGUGAGGGAGCCCCUGAUCUCACAGUGCCAGGUGCUUCGCAUGCAUAAUCUAAUUCAAGCUCCCAAGAGCUUUAUGAGGCCUAACCUCAGUGAGGUGCAUAAUAAUGAACUAAUUUUUAUUUGCCCAAGCAUAUAUAGUUAAUAAGCAGCAGAGCUUGGCUUUGAAUACAAGUUGACACCAAAGCCACAGUUCUUCGUAUUCUAAAACUAUACUUUAGAGCCAUUUAAAAAAUAUUUUGAUAGUUAUAGCAUCUUUUGAAAAUUUGUUGAAAUCUAAAGACCUGUGUUCUAGAAAAAUGGAUAUAUACACAAAAUUUUGCAAACAGUUCCAGAGUUGUGGUGGCUUACAGAUCACAAGUUAAUACACCCAAUGCUACUAUGUCUGUUCAUUAGAACGUGAGCUUCAGUAGGACAGAGAUUGUUGUCUGUUUCACUCAUUGAUUCAUUUCUAUCACUGAGAACGUUGCCUUGCACAGAGGAGGAGUUGAAAAAUAGUUGUUGAAUAAAAGUGAUUCCAAUGUCUGGGCCCAUUCAUCUAGUCACUUAGAACAGGAUGAUACAACUGCAGGAUGGAGGGGUUACUUCUGUGCAAAAUUCAGUAGAACCCUGACUUCCCAACCUUGACCACACGGGACCCAAGAGACCCUACAAGGGAGCUCCCGGGUCCAAAUUUGAGAAAUUAUGCACCAAGUUUGUUUUGUUUGGCUUUUUAACUUUAAAGUCACUUUCUCUUCCUCCACUCUCAGAAAAGAAGUGUCUUUAAUAGUUUCUUUUAAUUAAAAUUUGAAGUACACUAGUAAAAAUAGCACUUCUGAGUAAAUUUUCAGAAAGUAUUUAGAUUAAAAGUGUACGGACUACUUUGUCCAAAUACUUCCUAGUGUCACUGCGGUGUUAUUUAAAUGGAUUUUGCCCAUUGUUUGGAGGUGAGAACUUUAAUAUGCUGAUGUCUCUGUCUAAAACUGAAGGAAAUAUCAGCUCUUAGAAAGUAGUUGUAAGUAUAUUAUAUGUUAUCUACCCCAGCUUUUAAAACCAGGAAUGGCUGAAAAGACAGUUUCCUAUAUCUAGAGAAUGAGUCUGUGCAGUUGACAGUUCUUAGCACUUGCAGUGAAUCUUUCCCCAAAGGCAACAUUCAAGAAAUGAUACAAAAUACUUGUCCCACUAGUCUGUUUUUUCUUGGUUUAGCUUCUGAUUCAGUUGACACAAAGAGUGGGAAGGAAGAUGAUAGUCAUGUAUACUUGGUCUGCUUAUAUAUGCAUGAGACACGUAUAUAUGUAUAUACAUAUAAACCAUGUAGACAAGGAAAGGGAGACCUUAAGAGACUAAAUAACUUAAUCAGUAAGUGGUAGAGCUGGGAUGAUAUUUGGUGUUUUUCAACAGGAGAGUAACAUGAUGGAAGUGCUAUCCUGAGAAGCUAAGUGUUCUGUGGUGUUCAGGAUAGACGCAGGGGAGGCACGAGUAGACACAGAGAGACAAGCUGGACUGUCGGAAUCAUCUAGGCAGCAGGGCUGGUCCCUAUGUGGUGGAGGCAAUAGCACAAGAAGGAAUGGAUGUGAGACGCAUUUUGGAAAAGGAAUCAAUAGACUUUUUUGUUUUCUCUUUUUUUCUUUCUCUUAUUUUGAACACUGGGGUUUUGCCUAAUAUUAUGUCAGGCACUAAGGGAGCUCAAGCCAUAUUAGACCGUAUCUGUGGUUUUUGUGUGGAUGUUUCUCGUCUCUGUCUUCCAUCUGCGAGACACAGGGGCAGUUGGAAAUCAGCUGAAGCAGAGGCUCCUGCUCUUCCUUCAGGGGUCUCCACGCCUCCUGAUGUGAAGCACUGGUCCAGCUUGAUCCCCUCAUCAUAUAAGCAAUAUAAUUAGUCAUACAGCAGAAUAUUUGGAAAAUGGAAAUUUAAAAAAACACUACCCAUAAUUCCACUAUCCUAAAAAUGGUCAUAAUUAUCUUUUUGGUAUGUUUGUUUCUAAUCUUGUUUUGCUAUUUUUUUAUUUUUACAAAAUUAUAAUCAUAGUGUACGAGUGUAGAUUAUCACACACAUCGUUUUGUGCCCUACAUUUUUGAUUUGCACAAUACAUUGAUUGAUUACCAGAAUGCUCUGGGACUGGAUUUUCUAAGGUAAUGUGUAUUGAGAAACAAGCCAAGGCCAAAGCCAGUUCCUGAGACCCCCAAAAUCAAGGGAUGAAAGAGGAUAUUUUAGUUCAUCAAAGAGCGAGGGUAACUUUUGGCAUGUUCUAUCCUUCUGUGCAGCAAGCACAUUUUUGGUACUUAGUAAUUAUUUUCCUGUGAUUGAUGAGUGUUGAGUCACCUUGGUGGAGCAGCAGAAGGAGAAGGCAACCCCUCCCAGCUAUCUAUGUUGUACUUGGUCUGUUUAAACAGGUCCAUGUAAUAAGACACAGCGUGAUUAUGACGAUGCUCUCAGAGGUUGGCCAGAGGCCACUACGUGCUUUGAUAAACAUCAAGCUCUGAAGAAAUAAUAGCAUGAUAAAUUUCAGGACAGUCUCUAUGUAUCCAUACACACACAUAUAUUCUCUAACAUAAAAGAACUUCCCAGAAACACUGUACAAAACAGGCGUAAAUACUCUUUUCUUCCCUUCAUUCAAAGGAGCACCAGGAUAUGGAAUCUUCAAGGGAAGCUACUAUGGGUGUAGGUUUGGAAACUUGCUUUGUCUUUAAAGGUAGAAUUGUACCAAUUUUAAAAGAUGGUUUAACAAAAGCUAGUUUGUGUCACAAUUCCACAGCACCAUUUGCUGGGUAGAUUCAGGAAGUCGCAUAUAUGCUGUCGCUGAGAACCCUUCCUGGCAGACCACCCUUCCUUCCACCCAAGCCUGAAACUCCUGAAUUCAGCCUGCCCUCUUGCUUUGUUACCAUAUUCAUCAUAACCAUUCUCCUAAAGGAGUACCUCCAGAAAAUAGCUGCAGCUGAGAGGUAUCGCCCCAAUUUAGAGCUUUGGCGGAAAAAAGGGGGGAUGAGUCAAGAGGAGCACUGGGGGAAAGGUGUGGUUUUCCAAGUUGAGUUAGGAUCCUAGAAGUCUCUACCACGUGGCAAUUUGAACACUAAUCGUUCUUAUUAAUUGAAGAAGAGAGUGUAGCGUAGGAAAGAUUUUAUCUAUUUUUUUCUUUUCAUGGGCAUUGUUUUUCCUGAUAUUGUCUUCCCCACCUUCUCACCCAGGGCUGCAUCUCUCCAGGCACAGCACUACUUUUUCUGCAGUGCAGAACGAGUCUACUCAUGUUCUGAUUUGGCUGUCCCUACUCUGCUCCCACAGGCGCCCUCUGCACACCUCUGUCGUAGCACCUGUAAUGCAGUUCCGUAAUUGUAACUCUCCCCAACUUUUGCCAUUAUAAAUCAUACUGUCGAGAAGGACAGUGUCAUAUUCAUCUUUGCCCCAUUAGUGCCUCGCACUGUGCCUGGCAUGAAGCACACAUUAGAAAUAUUUGAGUGUGAAAGAAAGAAGCUGUAACAUGAGUUAAUUAGUGGCUUUGUCUUUAUUUAUGACAAACAAGAUGGCAGCAAAACUCAUAUUUUAAUUACACCAGAAGCACCUUUGAUUAAAUCAUUCCUCCCAACCUAAAAGAGGAACCUCCCCUUUUUUGCCCAGCCACCAGCCCUGAAAUUUGUCUUCACAGUCACCUCAAAAUACCAUUCAGCCUGAUGUCCAGGUAUUUUGCUACCAUCUCAAAUUCUUAGUGCUUCUCUCUGUAUGGGAUGUGUUCUGAUGCUGUUACUCCUCCUUGCACCACUGUCCAUUCUUUAAAGUAUAGAUUUAUGGUCUUAUAUUAGGAAUAAGGAGGGAAACUAGUCUAUCCUAUUCUUAGUACACUGAGCUGAAUUUAUCCAAAAAAGUAUAUUUGGUUUAAAUAUAUAAGAAAUGCAAUUGCAUUAUUAAUCCCACACUAUUCCUCCAUAGUCUGUGGGCCAUGGUUAUUUCCAAAUUUUAUUCAAUGCCCAACUGCUACAUGAUAGCAAAAGGUAAAUAUGUACAAUAAAUAUAAUAUAUAAUAAUACAUAAAAUUGGAGACUGGAUCCAGAGCAACAGGUCUGCAUACAAUCUUAAUAAUGGUAUGCCUUUCCCUGGACAAUCUCAAACAUUUACAAAACAGAUAAUAUGGAGAAUCAGUAAAGGAGUUUCUAAAGGAUUCAUCAUAGGAUUUUUUUUUCUUUUUGCUGAGGAAGAUUCUCCCUGAGCUAACAUCUGUUGCCAAUCUUCCUCUUUUUGCUUGAGGGAGAUUCAUCCUGAGGGAACAUCCAUACCAAUUUUCCUCUGUUUUGUAUGUGGGUCACCACCACAGCAUGGCCGCUGACAAGUAGUGUGGGUCUGUGCCGGGGAACCAAACUCAGGCCUCCAAAGCAGAGCACACCAAACUUAACCACUAGACCAUGGGGCCAGCUCCAAUCAUAGGAUUUCUUUAAUGAGCAAGCUUCCCUUUUAUAUUCAAAUUAUAAUUUGAGUCAAUAGUAAGAAAAUAUAUUCACUGUUGUUCAAGAUGGGGAAGGAGGGUAUAGAAUCUAACCAGAUAAAACUGAGGAUAAGUCUCUAAGUGAAGACAAAUUCCACCUUAGAGACUGAAGGAUCCCUUCUAGUAAUUUAAAUGAUCCUUUAAAAAAAAAAAAAAGAAAACACCCAAAAUGAGCAAUUACCUUUAUUUUCAAUUAGAACAAAAAGUAAAGGUUGUAGAAAAUACCAGACAGUAAAUUAAUUAAAAUUUCCAAUAAAAUUAUUGAAAGAAUUAUUAAAAGACAUUGAUGCACAUGAAGACAGGGAGGUGGUUAAUAGCCUAGAUGCAGUAUGGGUCCGUGAAGAACAGCUCACCAAGUACUCUUCAACUUUUUAAUUGAAGGCACAGCAGACAUGCUUAUCAAAUUUGAGGCUAAAAAAAGAUAGCUAAUUUUUUUUAUGCCUUUCAGCCUCUGUCUUUGGAGUAGGGUUGCUCAUCCCUCCAGGCUCCUAAUUUUCACAGGAAACCUUAAACUGUCCUCUGUUUGAUGGUAAAAGCAUAUACUUUUGCCACUAACCAACAGAGUGAAAUAUGUGCACUUAAGGCUCUUUCUGGAGAAUAAAACCUUGAAUUAUCUGCUACCCAAUCUUUUUUCCAAUUCAGGUUGUAGCGACAACAAUAUUUAUGAUGAUUGUCUAAAAGAUAUACAUCAAUUCCUCUAGACAUAUAAAUUUUAUCCUUGAAAAAUUCAGAUCAUCAUUUAUUCCAUUAUUUACUCAUUUAUCCAACCAAUAGCUAUUGAUUUCCUACUAUGUGCCAGGCCUUGUGGUAGGUGCUGAGCAUAAAAUGUGAAUGAAAUAGACAUGGACCAGACAUGACAGUCUAAUGGGAAAAAAAAAAAAAAAAGCAAGCAUAGAUCAUUGAGAAAAUAUGUAUGUAAUUACAAAUUUAGAGAGGUGCUAUAGAGACAACAAAUGGGGUACUGCUUCCGCUUGAGUUAAGUGAGCAGGGUUGGCCUGCUUGAGGAUGUAUCAGGUAAGGUGAUGCUUGAAAACUGAGAAAGAAUCAGCGACGGGAAGGGUUCCAUGAAGAGCAUUCCAGGCUAAGGAGUAGCACGUGUAGACAGAAGACUCUGAGGUGGCAACGUGGAGGAGGCUAGUGAGGAGCUGGGACUGGCAGGCAAGGUACAGAUCCUGCAGGACUGCAUGGCCAAGUAAGUAGUUUGGAUUUCGUUCUAGGUGCAGUAGAAAACUUUUGAAGUAUUUUAAGUGGAGAGGUGAUACAGCGCACUGAGAAUAGCAUGCUUAAACCAUGUUCUUUGCGGGCCUUCAUAGAAAUUACUUUUCCUAAAUAGUGCUUUGUUACCAUACUAUUAUUGGCAUUGAAGGGUACAGAUAAGAAACCAUGAACUAAGGUUUUUUACCAAAUCCGAUAUCACUGAGGAUGGUGAUUCUUUAUGGAGAUCCAGGAAAAUUUUCCUGGGGGGGGUCUCAAUACCUGGUGAUCUGUGUUUAUCUUGAAUUACCAUUUUGUUUAUCUGAUGGAUACGUUGAAUUUUGUAACUGAUCUUGUUUCCCUUUUACUUUGUCACAUAGGUAUCGUACGCCGUAUUUUCACCCACCUCCCGCAAAUGCACAGGGUUGCGUGGCUUGUAUUUCUGUGAACUGAUUUCGGCCUUGGCUUUAUUAUUUUGCUACCCUUACUUUACCUUUUCCCAAACUUACUUAACUAUUUAUUUUAUACUUUUAUAAUAAAGGUAUUUUUGUUGGCUACCUAAGAGAACAAAGCAGAAUUAAGUAGGUGGAGAAGAAAAUCAGGAAUUGAAAGUAUCUCAAUAAUUCCAAUAAGUUGAAAGAUCUGUUCUUAAAUUUGAAAGGUCAUUUGUUGAGCACAGGAUAGAGAGCACUCAUUUAACAUCAGAUUUUAUGAAGUGACAUAAACACGGCAGGGCUCAAGGACUUUGACUAUAAAACAGUUUGAGGCAAUACAGAUAGCCUCCCACACAACACUUAACAUUGUGGAAUGGUGAUUUUCUUUAUCUUCCCUGGUGGACCGUCCCUUGAGGGAAGGGCCCACAACCUAUUCACCCUUAUAUCUUCCAUAUUUACUGCAGUGCUGGGCAGGCAUUCAGUCAAUGUUGAAUUAACGAUUGAGUAAAUAUAGAUUAUAGAAAGAAAACCUCCCAAAAUCUCAGACUGAAUCAGCAGCAGUGCAAUGUCUUGAAUGCAGGAGGUAUGCACACGUCGUGGCAUAUACUACCUUGCUUGGCCAUAUCUAGAGCUCUAAGUUUAGGGUAGGAACCACGUUUCUAAAGUGAUACUGACAGACUGGAGAAGAGCCACAAGACAGCAGUCAGCUUGCUGAAUAGUUAGAAGUUGUGUGGUUUGAUGACAAGGAAUGUUAAGCUUCCAAAAGAAGAUUCUUAUAAGGGACACAUUGGCCUUCUACAAACAUCCAAAGGACAGGCAUAUGGAAGAAGGAAUAGAUUUCUCCUAAUUCCAAAUGGCAGAAUUAGAGCCAGCGGAUGGAAGUUAUAAGGAAAACUUUCUUGAACAGCUUGUGGUCCUUGAUGAGAUAAUACACUUCUUAUAUGCGGGUAGAGCAUUAAUUAAUUGAUCUGACAGCGACUUGUAUAGUACUUGAGUAGCUGGAUUAAGAAAUGUUUAAUAUCCCUUCCAAAUCCAAGAUGUAAAAACAUUAUGCCCAUGGUAGUUGCAAUGAGCAAAUGGAUUCCAUAUUCGCAUGUAACAAAUUAAUCUAAUUAAUGUGCCACAUAACGACUAUUUACAGGUAUUAACGUGACUGCUAAUCCUAAAGGUUUUUUGCAUUAGUUAUAAAAAUGUUUCUGAAGGCAAUAGGCUUUGAGAGGGUGGAAGAGUAGGAAAUCACACAGUUCCAGAUCUUUGAAACAACUUAAAAAACUCAAAGAAUUUUGGUUUGGCUGAAAUGGCUGCGUGUAGGCAACGAGCCCAGGACAAGUCAGGCCAGGCCAGAUGGCUGGCCGUAUGAACUGGAGCUGAUGGGUGGGUCCCCAGGGGAGGGCAUGAGGGCAGAGCACAUGCUCUCAGAGGCCCAAAGAGGUGAAGUUAACCAAAGACAGUAGGGAGGGCUGAGAGACAAAAUAAAGGAAAUCUGUUGCCACCCACAAGUGAAUCUGGAUCUCUUAUCACCCACAGCAGGAUCUGGACUCCAAAUGGGAGACAUGGUCUAAAGCUAGGGAAACUGAAUCAGCAGAGGAUACACUCUGAAACCUUUCAUGGAGGGUCUUGGUCAUGGCUGCGAAUGUUAGCAUCCCUGGCUUGCCUGCAUUGAUCAUUGGGUACGUGGUGCAUGCAUAUUGGGAAAGCUUAUUGGCACAGAGUUGGGUACGUAUAUCACAAAUCAAUUGGUGGAAAUCCUCAAAGGAGCUUCAGAGCCCACAGGAAGGCUUUGACAUUAUCCCGUAACCUUUGGAUUCAAGCAACUUCCAAAGGAGCCCUCCAAAUCAGUUCUGCUUUUUUCCGCCUACCGCUUGUAUCUCAAACAUUUUCCUACUUGGCAGAACUGCCUUCACUCCCUCUAAACAGGCUGCCGAGGAGGCUGGAAUGUACGUGAAGGAGUAGAAGGAGCAGCAGACAGAUGAAAGCACAUUGAGCCAUUCCUGGCUUCUGUAAAAGUGCUUCUAGCUUUCUGCCCUGUGUACACAAGAUUCCAUUGAGCACUAAUCUGGGAUCAUCUGUCAAAAGACUUGAAAAUUUUAAAUACCAAAAGCUUUGUUUAGAGAUCAGAUUUCAGAGUUUUGACUGUAUUUGGAGUGUUUGCCUUGGUAAGAAAUGCCACGGAAAAGGCAGGACAGCAUGCAGAGUCAACCUUGAGGAUGAGCAGACAGCGGAGGACACACAGCCUACCCUCCAAAAGAGGUGCUGUUACACAAAGAGGCGGUCAGGCUGCUGCUUCACUUAGGAUGGGGAUGCAGAUGGGUGGGUCUCCAGAUCUCAGCCUAAGAGGGUGCUGGUUCUCACCAGGUAAUUGAAGGCUCUGGGCUGUGCAUCUUGCGCUCUCUAGUCACCCAGAUCUCAACCACUACAAGAUUUUAGCUAUCUCAUACCUAUAUUUCCAUUUAGACAUUCCAGUGUCAUAUGCGGUUAAAUAGGAUAAGAUGAUUUUCAGUAUAUUCUUUCCAAAUUUUCUCCCCUACCCAAUUUCCCCAGCACCCUUUCAGUGCCAUAAUUUUUCCUUCCCUGUCCUUCAUGUGUGGUAGUGGAAAGAGUUAAAAUAUCAUCAGCUUGGAGAUAGACAGUGGCUCUGCACCUGAUUGCCAUAUGACCGGGGACUUUGCUUCACCUCCAGGAGUCUCAGUUUCCUUUUCCAUAAAAUAGGAUACCACAGAGGGUUGCUGGAGAUUAAUUAAAGACAUGAACUGCAAAUAGCAUAAGGCCUGGCACAUAGUAGGUACUCAAUGCUGUUAGCGCCUCUCCGCCACCUCUUCCCCGCUUUAUUGCUCUUCUGGGUUCCCAGUAUUCGUCUGUUUAUCCCAUCUCUGAAAUAGUCUGAGUGAAGGUUGCUUUUGAUGACCAGAUUAGGAAAGAGGAAAGUAAGUGAAAACUAAAAACUCGUGCCAUCCGUUCUCCUCAUUUUUAAAGAAAAUCCAGCAUCAGUCUUGGAAGAUACACUUGGGAUUUCAGCGCUCUCUCCCGCUCUGAUUCCUUCGGCCCUCUCUUGCUCAUCAGUGUCGGGAAGAACGCUCUCAAUGAGAUGCUUGCAAGACAUCAUCAGCCCCGGGGAGAUUUCCAGUAGUUUCUUGCUUUGGCAUUUACAACGAACAGAACAGAACAGCCCAACCAGGGGCAAUUCUUCUAACUCUGGGAACAAAUGACGAAAUCAGAUUCAUUAAAAGGGUCCAGGUUUCAUAGCAAUAAUUAGCAUAAAACAAGGCAUUAAUGACACUAAUAGGAAAAUAAUGUUACCUAUCUGUUUUAAAUAUGGUAUUUUGGACGUACAAAAUGGCAAAAACAUGGUGAGCAGUUGCAUGGAUUUGUAGAUACUACUUGAACCAUAAGAUAAAACUUGUGCAUGACACAGGGAAGACAGAGAUGUUGAUAUAUAAUCCUUCAGGGAUCCCCUUAUUAACACUCAGAAUCACUUUUAGAAAAAUGAGACUUUAUUGUAAGUUGUCUUUCUUUUAAUCAAGGAAUAAAAAUUACCUUUUUUUUCUUGAUUAAGUUCAAUUCUAGUUCUUCAUUGCCAAUCUCCUAUGAAAUACUAUGUUGUGUGUUGUUACAUCUGUUUACAUAUAUCCAAGAAUACGUAUUUAUGAUCUUGAUGUUUUCAGAAUAAAACACCUCAGGCCUUUCAACGUGUGUUCGUUAUUAUACAAAAAGAAGGCACUGGGGGUUUUUUUUCAAAUGGUAACCUGGCCAUGAUACACUGGAGUGCUUCUCAGGAAGAAUCAUUGCAUUAUUUUUAAAAUGCUGCCAGGUCAGUAAUGAAGUACAAAGUUGGCACUGGGAAUUGCCAAGCUUUCUUUAAGUGUCAUUCACAGCUAUGAAACUACUGCCCAUCAUUUCCUGCCUUUUCCUUGGCUUCCCAGGACAUACCCAAAGUCCCCAAAUUCCACACACUGCUCUUCUUUCUCUCCAUUCUUCUUCUAUUUUCUCCCAAAGAAAAAGUGAUAGCUGCCAGGUAUCUGGCUGGAACACAUGGUUUAUGGCAGGGACGUCCCCUGAGUGGGACCAUCAAGCCAAAAACACAUAGCGGCUGACAUUAGCAUCUCCAUCAGAUGGCAACCAGUGCUGGGUCAGAACUUGGCAAAUGGACCUCACAGGCAUCUAAUAUUGCAAUCUAGGGCUAAACCUGUCUACCAUUAAUGCCCGUGCUUCUGUUGCUACAUAUUAGAUCCCUUUGACCUUUCUCAAAUGAUGACCUGGAACAGAAACCUCUGAUCAAGUCCUAAAUAAGAAUGGAAAGGGAACAAUAUGAUCUGGUGAGAUCUUCCUUUAGUUUUCUGCAUUGAUGCUGAUUGAAACCUAACACUUGCCUACUCUUGCAUAGUUAUAGGAAGAGUCUCACAAUUGCCAUGAGAGACAGUAUGUUCUAGUGUAAGCCCCAGGGACCUUAUUAACUUAUUCCUCUCCAUAGUGAGAUAGUUACAGGAAAGAAGCUGCUUCUCAGAAUCCGGCCAGCAAAAAUUCCCACAGGGCGAGGUGAGAGGGCUGACACAGUAAUAAGAAUUGAGGUUCGAAUUUAAGUCCUGUUAAACUGUUAAUUGAGAGUUUUUCAUUUUUAGGACUAUAAAUCCCCAGGCCAGACUGUGUUUCCGUUUGAGUCAGCCAAAUGUAAGAACAAAUUGGCCCUAUGUUUCUUUUUCAAAGAACUUUAUUCAUUCAGCCCCAGGCUCAGAAUUGGAUAACAUGUUUUCUAUGGACUUUUUUCUCUUCACAUCAAACACUAUUAAAGAGAAAAAAUAGGGGGAAAAAUUCUAAUUACUCCCAUAUGUAUACUCGGAUAUGGCCAAAUUGAAUGACCCACAGUUUCCUUAAACACACACUGGUUGCCGAUCUCCACACGUGUGGGCAUCGACUCUCCUGCAGAGCCCUCCCCAGCCGCUGCCUGUCAGAAUCCCACCCAUUUUUUCAAGCCCACCCGAAUGGCUCCUUCUCCGUGUGGGCUUGUAGCAUCUCCCCAGUCAAAAGUAAUUCUGCUCCCCAACAUUGUGUUUGUCUCUUUUUUGAGGCACCUUUCAAAUAAGGCGCGUGUUAUAAGCUUUGGCAUAAAUUCUCUGUUGAUCCUUAGCAGCCUGGUGACAGUGCCUUCUGCAUGAAUCUGCAUCUUUACGAUGAUUCUUGGCAGUGUCUCAAAUGUUAUAGGUACUUCGUAAGUAUUUUGCUUCUUGGUGAUUAAAAAUUGGAGCAGAAAAAUUAAAGAGGAAUAGAUGCUUAACGAAUAUGCCUGUGCCCAUUGGCUGCAUCUCCCAGUCUUAUCUGUAAGAGUUCUCAACUUCCCAUUGCGAUGGUCAGGAGCCCGGAGUUUAUUUACUUGGGUGUUAAAGCACUUGAAGUGUAUUUUUCACUAGAAAAGCUUUAUUGCGUUCGUUUCUUUGUAACGAAGGGUGGGGAUUUAUACUCAGGCUGUUUGUGCUUAUUUGAAGUAGUUUUUCAGUUAAGACUUUAUCACAUCCAUCUUUUACCUGGCUGCAGCUGUCUUGGAGAAAGGGAAUGUGCCUUCUCGAACUUUUACAACUUAAAAGAUUUCCUAUGCCUAGGGCUUAUUUUCCUUCUACUGUCUUUUCUCUUCUCUCUCUCUCUUUUUCUUUUAACUCCUUUAGUGAGCGUUGCUUCUCGGUGCUUAGUCAGCUCAGAAGCACGUCAAAUACUUGCAUUUGCUUUGGGCAUUGUGGGGCGUAUAGUAGCUGCUGGAACUGCCUCUCUUGGGGUUGGGCUUGGGGUUGGCCGUGCACAGUCCCAUUCUUUCUGCCUCUGAUUGGCUCCCUGGGGUCACGUGAGGACCCGGGGGUUGGAAUUCUGAGUUGUGGCUUUUGGCACUCCUUUUUCUUUUUAAAAAUCGCCUGGUCUGUUGCGCUCUGCUGGGCUCGGUGCCUUGCUCUUUGACUGAGAGUGGAGACAGACAGAAACAGCCACAGGGCAGACUGAGGUGGCAAAAGAAAAUCUACCGAGAUGUUCAGUCAGGGACCCAGGACCCCAGCUUCAGGCUGCUACUAUCUAAAUCCCCUGACACCUGAGGGCCAGGAGAUGUACUUGCGAUUCGAUCAGACUGCCAGACGCUCUCCUUACAGGAUGAGCCGGAUUCUAGCACGCCAUCAGCUAGUGACUAAAAUUCAACAAGAAAUUGAGGCGAAGGAAGCAUGCGACUGGCUUCGCGCUGCCGGGUUCCCGCAAUACGCUCAGUUAUAUGAGGAUUCCCAAUUUCCCAUCAACAUUGUGGCUGUCAAGAACGAUCAUGAUUUUCUUGAAAAGGACCUUGUAGAACCUCUUUGCAGACGACUAAAUACGUUGAACAAGUGUGCCUCAAUGAAACUUGAUGUGAACUUCCAAAGGAAAAAGGCUGACGACUCAGAUGAGGAAGAUCUGUGUAUCAGUAACAAAUGGACUUUCCAAAGAACCAGCCGCCGAUGGUCUCGCGUGGACGACCUCCACACGCUGUUUCCCGGAGGAGACAGAAAUGGGUCCUCAGGAGACUUUAGGAUGAGAAACACGACCAGCAGUGAAAGUGUCCUCACAGACCUGAGCGAGCCGGAGGUCUGCUCCAUUCACAGCGAGAGCAGCGGCGGCAGCGACGGCCGCGGCCCCCCGGGCAGCCAGAGCGCCGGGCGCGAGGCCUUCGACGGCCCCGGGCACUGCUGCGCGGAAGGGCCCGGCAUGCUGGACGCCACGGUGGUCAGCGGCAGCCUCCCGCAGCCCCCUAAGGACGUUCCCAACUACCCUUUCCAGCCAAAGAAUGAGAAACCCACUAGGACCAGAGCCAAGUCAUUUUUGAAACGCAUGGAAACCCUGCGAGGGAAGGGAGCACACGGAAGGCAUAAGGGAUCGGGGCGGACUGGAGGCUUGGUGAUCAGCGGGCCGGUGCUGCAACAGGAGCCAGAGUCUUUUAAGGCCAUGCAGUGCAUCCAGAUCCCAAAUGGAGAUCUCCAGAACUCGCCCACAGCUGCCUGCAGAAAAGGGCUACCGUGCCCAGGCAAAUGGAGCGGGGAAAGCAGCCAAUCAGAAAACAGCAGCAGUGGGGUGAGCACGCCUGGCCUGAAGGAACGGAAAUGCCAGGAGGCCAACAAGCGCGGGGGCAUGUACUUAGAAGACCUGGAUGUGCUGGCGGGGACAGCACUGCGGGACGCGGGCGACCAAAACCACACACAUGAGUUCCAUUCCCAAGAGAACUUGGUAGUGCAUAUUCCCAAGGAUCACAAACCAGGAACGUUCCCCAAGGCGCUCUCUAUCGAAAGCCUCUCGCCCACAGACAAUAGCAAUGGGGUUAACUGGAGGACCGGUAGCAUCUCCCUGGGCAGACAGCAGGGCCCUGGUGCCAGGGAGCCCAGGCUCAUGGCGUCCUGCCACAGAGCAAGUCGGGUCAGUAUCUAUGACAACGUCCCAGGCUCCCAUUUGUACGCCAGCACGGGAGAUCUUCUGGACUUGGAGAAAGACGAUCUCUUCCCUCACUUAGAUGACAUUCUGCACCAUGUCAAUGGGCUCCAAGAGGUAGUGGAUGACUGGUCGAAAAACAUCUUGCCUGAACUGCAAACACAUGAUGCCUUGGUUGGGGAACCUGGUUUAUGCCCCUUCCCGUCUCCUAACCAGAUCACCUUAGAUUUCGAAGGCAACUCUGUGUCCGAGGGUCGGACAACACCCAGUGAUGUGGAAAGAGAUGGGACAUCUCUUAAUGAAUCGGAGGCCACUGGGGUCAGAGAAAGGAGAGAUUCUGGUGUAGGGGCCUCUCUGACCAGGCCAAACAGGCGACUCCGAUGGAACAGUUUCCAGCUCUCGCAUCAGCCUCAGCCGUCCACAGCGUCGCCCCACAUCAGCAACCAGACGGCCGGCCAGCUGAACCUGCUCCAGCGCUUCUCGCUGCUUCGCCUCACGGCCAUCAUGGAGAAGUACUCCAUGUCCAACAAACACGGCUGGACAUGCCUCUCCCCACAGUGUGCCCCAGGAGGCUUCCAUGACCUGGUUUCUGUGAAUUCUAGGUCAGUUCCAAAGUUCAUGAAGAGGAUGAAAGUUCCUGAUUACAAAGACAAGACCGUCUUUGGUGUUCCUCUCAUAGUUCACGUCCAGAGAACGGGACAGCCUCUGCCUCAGAGUAUUCAGCAAGCACUGAGAUACCUGCGCAGCAACUGCCUCGAUCAGGUGGGUCUUUUUCGAAAAUCGGGUGUGAAAUCUCGAAUCCAGGCCUUACGCCAAAUGAACGAGAACUUCCCUGAGAACGUCAGCUAUGAGGACCAAUCCGCUUAUGACGUGGCGGAUAUGGUGAAACAGUUCUUCCGGGACCUCCCUGAGCCUCUCUUCACCAACAAGCUCAGCGAGACCUUCCUCCACAUCUAUCAGUAUGUCCCCAAAGAGCAGCGGCUGCAGGCAGUGCAGGCGGCCAUCCUGCUGCUGGCGGAUGAGAGCAGGGAAGUCCUGCAGACGCUGCUGUGCUUCCUGCACGACGUGGUCAACCUGGUGGAAGAGAACCAGAUGACGCCCAUGAACCUGGCGGUGUGUCUGGCCCCCUCCCUCUUUCAUCUCAACUUAGUGAAGAAAGAAAGCUCCCCCAGAGUCAUACAGAAGAAAUACGCCACCGGGAAGCCAGAUCAAAAGGACCUCAAUGAGAAUCUGGCAGCUGCUCAGGGGCUGGCCCAUAUGAUCAUGGAAUGUGACAGACUCUUUGAGGUCCCACAUGAGUUGGUAGCCCAGUCUCAUAACUCGUAUGUGGAAGCUGAGAUCCAUGCUCCAACUCUGGAAGACCUGGGGACCCAGCUGGAAGAGAGCGGGGCGACCUUCCACACUUACCUGGAGCAUCUCGUCCAGGGCCUCCAGAAGGAAGCCAAGGAGAAGUUCAAAGGCUGGGUCACGUGUUCCAGCACAGACAAUACAGAUCUUGCUUUCAAAAAGGUGGGAGACGGGAAUCCGCUGAAGCUGUGGAAGGCUGCCGUGGAGGUGGAAGCGCCCCCCUCGGUGGUUUUGAAUCGUGUGCUGAGAGAGCGCCACCUGUGGGAUGAGGAUUUUGUGCAGUGGAAGGUUGUGGAAACCCUGGACAAGCAAACAGAAAUCUAUCAGUACGUGUUGAACAGCAUGGCCCCCCACCCUUCCAGAGACUUCGUGGUUCUCAGGACCUGGAAAACUGAUUUGCCCAAAGGAAUGUGUACCCUGGUGUCCCUGUCUGUGGAGCAUGAGGAAGCCCAGCUCAUGGGUGGCGUGCGGGCCAUGGUGAUGGAUUCUCAGUAUUUAAUAGAACCUUGUGGUUCCGGCAAGUCAAGACUGACCCACAUCUGCAGGAUAGACCUGAAAGGUCACUCCCCAGAAUGGUACAAUAAAGGCUUUGGACAUCUGUGUGCGGCAGAAGUUGCCAGGAUUAGAAACUCUUUUCAGCCCCUCAUUGCUGAAGGUCCGGAAACUAAAAUCUGAGUUUUCCCCAGUGUGACAUCAAACUCAGGGAAGAGGAAGCAAAAGCAAAUGCCUGUGGGAGAGAAUGUGCUCGUGAGAAAGCAGGAGAGAGAGAGAGAAACUGAUUGACAUGGUUAACUUUUAAAAAUGGAAACACUGGGAAGUCAGAAUGUUGAAGAUGCAAGGAUUUCUGAGAACUUUCCUAGCCUUCCUGGAGAUGGCUAUAGCCCUACUAAUAUAAUAUUUUUAAAAAUCAGAACAUUUAUCUAUAUUACUUAAAAUUAAAUGGAUUAUUCCUUAUGCAUUGCCUAAUUUGCUAUUUAAAGGCUUCUAAGAAGCGUAUUCUUAACUGUAAAUAAAUGUAUGUAUAGCAUAUGUACAUAUGUGUGUAUAUCUCUAUCUUUACUGUAUAUAUGUAAAAAUCAGUUUUAUAUAUAAUGGCGUAUUUUGAAAAGGAACACGUCUGACUCAGUGAGUCCCUUCCUCACGUGGUUCUUUCCAGGUUGCUCUGGGUCCCAUCUCCCCACUGUCCAGUAAGCUGAGCAGAAUCUGCUGCUAACACCCAGGUGUGAAAAUGUGUGGUCUGUCCAUCUGCCCUGAGGUUUAACCAAAGGUUAGCUAACCAAAGGAAAACAACAUUAAAAGGUUCUUAUGUGUUGUCUGUUUGUGUUCUUCGAAAACUGAAGUGGAGUGUUGGAUAAAGUGAGGAAAAGAAUACUUACUCCUCUUUAAAGCAAAGAAAUGGGUGAAAGUUGUUACCAAAUUUAAGGCUGGGUGACCAGUUGCCACUGGGCCUGGCCAGAUGCAGUUUCAGUGAAAUGUCAGAUACCCACGGACCACUGGAGUCAGCGUGAGAGACUGAACCAGAACCUAGAUGUCCCUGCUGAUCAGAGCUGAAUGUAAUCGCCCGUGCUCGUUCACAGCCAAAGGGAGCCUGUGCGGUUUAUGAAGUUUUCAUAGAUACAUUUCAUAAUGUUCUUAAGUAUCAUUCUGUUUGACCAGUGGCCUUUUUUGGUCACAGUUAAUUGGCGUUUUCCUACCAAGAUAUCGCACUGAAUUUAACUCUGGACACCAGACAAAGGGAGAUGAUGGUCAUUCAAGAGCCCCAGACCGUUACAGCUUCAGGGAAUUCUUAUUUUGCUACAUGUGAUGUUCUUAAGAGAUAAUGUAUUAAAGUUUUGCAAUCUGAAAGACAGGGUUUUAAGCUAACAUUAGACCAAAACUAUGUUCUUCAAUUAGUUUUAGAAAAUAUAAACAGGUUUGUUAAUUCCACAUUUCUUCAUUAGCUGGUCAAGCUACCUAUGCGUUUGGCCCAACCUUAUUUAUUAUUGUAUAGACUAAGCAAAUUGACUCUCCUUAGCCAAUUGCUAGUGGAUUUGUUUAUUAUAAUUCAACAACUGUAGAGAGAAAGAUAAUUUAUUGUGUUUGGUUUCAGAGAGAGAGAUUUUCUUUGGUAAUCCGUGAGAGAGUGGUAUCAUAAUUUAGCAAGUGGGGUUGGAGGAAAAAAAGAAAAAUUUAAAUGAGUGUUUUCCUUUUCUUUUUUUGUAUUGUAUGCAUUCAUAUAAUGUUUUCUCUUAUCAGCAAUGUGCAAUUCUUUUUUUGAGAGGAAUAAAAAUGCUAUAUAUGAGUUCUGUAUAGUGCAAGGAGAAUCAUACUCUUUGAAUUAUGACCUAGGAAUUUUUCAUUUUCUGGCCUACCUAAGAAGGUGGAGCAAAGCCAUAAUUUUCCAUUUGGGUAGUGCUCUGUGAGCGAAAAAAUUCACUUCUGCCAUACGUCUUAAAUUUAACCAUAUAUGCUGGGUUACUUUAAUAUGCAUAGACAUAUGCAUAGUGAAGUUGAAUCUAGUUUCACACUGGUCCUACUCCAGAGAUGGGAGCCUGUGUGUUUGGAGAAUUAGACAGGCACGCAAGGAUGGAUGGUAUUGUAUCACCAAAUUUAACGUGCACAUGAAUCGCCUGGAGAUCUUGUUCAAAUGCAGACCCUGAUUCAGGCAGGCUGGGUGGGCCUGAGAGUCUGCAUUUGUAACAGGCCCCGGGGAUGCCCAUGCUGCUGGCGGGAAGAUCCCACUCUGAGAAGCCAGGGUCUACAGCAGAGUUAAAACAGAAUAAAAACGAAUAGGAUUGUAUUUCUGACUCCUCUUCUCUUCAAAUUACCUGACUUUUUUAUUUUUAUGCACAUGCUAAUCACAUCGCUGCUGCAUAACAACACAGUGCAUCUAAAAAAAAGAAAAAAGAGGAAAAAGAUGCAUCAAGCUUAUUUGUCAAAUACUGCAGUAUUUUAUUCAUUGUUAUCUUGCCAAUGGAAAUAAAAUAUGAUAUUGCAUUUAAAUAUUAUAUUUAUACCUCAUGUAUAUUUUUACCUCAAUUGUUGAUAUCAAUCAUCAAUUGUAAAUAAAUAAUUGCCAAAGCAAA